CAUUGAGUUAGAGGAAUCCAUAGGAGGCCCACCCGUUAUGCAUUGCAUGAAAGAACCUUUCUUUUUUGUAUGACUGAGAGGAACGCCUCAGGUCGAAUGAAUACGAAAGGGAGAUCAAUCCAAAGAAACAAAAAAGGCCAUGAAUGAAGAAGUUGGGCCUUUCACCCUCUUUCUAGUUACUCUGGGAGCUGAUCUGAUAAAUGCACUUCAAAGGGAGGGAAGGCUAGGAAUCUCAUCUGCAGAGACAACUGGAACAGAAGCUUCACUGGAAGAGGUAAAGACUACGUCACUGAAGAGUGGUUUGAAGAACAAUACAACGAUCCCAGCUCGGACAGUAACUGGUCGAAAAGCCUCUGCUAAAGAUCAUGUCUUACGCAUAACACAAGCUAAGCCGCUUCCAGUGAAAGCAGUAGUGAGGAAUUGCAAACACCUGAAGAGAGCGGGUCCAACCCGAUACGAUAUCCUUCUUUCCCUAGAAAGAAGUAUUCACAUAGUCCAAUCCAUUACAGCCCGGCAGUCUAACAGGCGUAGAUCACACUGGAACUGGAGUAGUGGAACUAGCACGACGAACAAUGCUCGGCACUCUGGUCAACAAAAAAAAGCAGAAGGCCCUUACUACACUAAGCGCUACGAGAGCCCCCUAUACGGAAGGAGACUCUAUUUGGUCAAAGUCACUUUCCAGAAGAGAUCAAAUCCACCAGACGAGAAACUCAAUUCCGCACUGCUGCUGAGUCGUCGGACUUAUCCACCAAGGGAUUCGUGGAAUUUCUCGCCUCCUUUUGAGUAUGCCGAUACUAAGAGUCCUCUCACUACCAACCAGCAGACAUCAUCUGGCUGGGUCUUGCCGGGUAGAUCGGAGCAAGAGGGAACGCCUAGACGACGUUUUUAUUCCUGGGCUGCUGUAAGUAGAUCGAGAGGUCGUUCCGCCCCUUGUCCCCGAAGAUGGGUAAUAUGUUCUCAAAAAAUGUUGCUUCAAUCUGACCUAGCUGGCGAGCGAUCCCAGUUCGCGGCAGAGAACAAGACAGCAAGCGAGCGUACCUUUGUUCGCUUCUUCUCCACCAAGCACGGAAGUUUAAGGAUAACUGUAGGUCGGUGGCUACCUAAGGAAACUGCGAUUCGAUCCGCCCCCCGAAAAGGAGGCAUUUACCUCAUCCCGAUCACAAGGAGAGGUUCACCAUGAUGGGGGUACUUAUAAUUUUCCUUUCUAGAAAGAAUGAAAUGCAUAGGGGACC